AUGGCGCCGCCCUUGAAGCACUCGGUCAGCAGCAGCUCGAGCUCGUCCAUGUCAUCGUCCUCGUCACGGACAAUGUCCAGCAGUGUACCAUGUUCAGUGUGCAAGACGCGCUACGCUAUAUCUGCCGAGCGCUGCAGCAAGUGCAACGAAAUGCUGCCGGACGCAUCCGCCAAGCUCACGCUUUUGCUCAAGCGCGCCAAGGUGGCCAACGCCAACGGCUUCUCGGUCGACGUCUCGAUCGAAUGUGGUUGCGAGGCGAUCUACGCCAUGACGGAUGCGACGUGCACCGACCCCGAUUGCGGCGACGACCUGCCGGACGACGCCGAGAAGCUGCGCAUCCUCGCACGUCGCUUGGACAUGGCCACGGGCGCCAUGUAAGCUGCAUCCGAGAGAUCCAUUUGGCUUUACCGAAGACUAGAA